UCCGAUCAGUUUAAAGAUUUAAACAAAUCCAUUAAAGUCACCUGUUUCAGGUGGAGUCCAGCCUCCUCUCAGGAAGCAGCUCACCUGUGGGUCAGUGUUUAGUUUCCGGUAUGGAGCGGAGAUUCUUUCUCUUAUGCAAUGUUUGAAGAAUCUGUGAGUUUGCUUUGAUUCUUUCUCUAACAGUUCGUCUUGCUUUCUGGCUGUGAAUUUUUGCGCAAGAUGCGGUCAUCUUAUCCGUCUCGUACCGCAGGACAAACGCUGGAUCGCUGUGUUUGAACAGAAAUUCACACAGUUGAAAUCAAACAUGAUAAGCAGCUGAUGUGUGGUGGACGUCUUCGAAAAAAAACUGAGUUUUUAUGUCUUGUAAGAGCAGAGUGCCGCUUUUUCCUGUCACUUCUUUGAAAAUAAAACUACAUUAAAGCUUGAUUUUAGCGAUUUGGUCAGAUUGUCAAGUUCAGGUUCUUACAAAUGUUCAGUGUUUCGCUAACAUGAUUCCCAGUUUCAGCAGCUUUCCACUCUGCUAAAACAUGCGAAAAUAAGUAUUGACUGUAGAGCUGCAGCCAUCACAUGAUUAACUGACAGUAAAGGAAUCCUGACCAUUCAGAUCGUUGUUAAUCAUUUUUGUUUUGAAGCAAAAUCUGCUGGGAGGGCUUGAUGCAUAUCUUUCUUGUUCCUGAUACUACACUAAAUAUUUUUAGACGAGUGAUGCGGCAUUCACCAGCUUUUGACAUUUUAUGAAACAACAACAAAUCUAAAAGAUAAUUGGCUGGUUAAUGGUGAAUGUAAUGAUUAGUUGCAGCUCUUGAUGGCUGUCCACAUUAAUCCUGGAAUUUACAGAGAUAGAUUGCUAUUAGAUGGAAAAUGCUUCUAACAGCAAAUUCGUGUGUGCACAGUUUUCUGAAAAGUAACCAGGAUUAAUUAUUGUGUAGCUUUAACACUGCUGGCACUCUGAAUAAUGGAUCAGCUGAAAAGCUGCUUCACUGACUGAAUAUCAGUGGAUUGAAGCUUCCAUUCAGAGUGAACCAGGUGUGUCGGGGAGUCAUCCUGUGUGCGACAAGAUGACUCCCCGUUCAGCACCAGUGUUGGAGUCCUUACUGAAAACAAGUAACGUAUUACACAUUACUCGUUACUUUUCUAAAAAGUCAUGCCGUGCAUUGCUUAAAUACUUGCUGGAGAAUGUAAUUAGAAAGUAGGUCAUUACACUCCUCAUUACAUUACUUACUUUCUUGUUACUUUCAUUACUUACUUUCUUGUUAUUCCAGAAAAUAACCUGAAACACACUGUCUAAAACUGACCAGGCUACAGUCUCCCACACUAACACAAACAAUGAGGAAACACUUGCAAUCUUUUUUUAGUGUUUACCUGCAGUGUGAACAGAAAGUGAAAAAUGCAAAGAAAAGUUAAAAAACAGCUAAAGAGACUUAAGUGGGAUCACCAGAGUGAUUAAGCUGUUCAGCCUAAACAGGUAGAAACAGUUCAGGGUCUGGUUGCAGAGCUGUAGUCAGCAUUCAGUCAGUGCUAUCAUCACUAUGUGUUUUUGGGUAGCAGUGUGUUUGCAUGUUGUCUGCAUAAUUUCAUCCUAAUGUGGUUGUUUCUGUUCUGGACGCUGUUUGCAUUCAACCAUCGUGCUCAUGUCCUUUUGGGAAAUAAAAACAAUGUCAUAAACUCCUGAAAAGUUGCUGCAGCAAGAGUGUUUUUAUUUUGCUUUCUGUCUCACCUGAUUGAUAAAUCAUCAAACAUUUGUAAUGUAAGUGACCGCAUAAUUGUAAUGUGAUUACAGUAGUGUGUUACUUUGUAAUGUUCAGUACACGUAAUGGAAAGAAGAAUUUCAGUUGGUGUUCAUAUGAAUAAUUUGUGUUUCCUCUGCAGAUGUGGAAUUCCACAGCAUGGAUGAGCGUGAGGACAGAGAGGAGGGAGUCCCUCCCUCUAAAAGCACUCUGUGUGAGGAACAGGAGAUCCAGCCCAAAGCUCAGAGUUCCCAUCAGCGAGCUGAACCCAGCUGUGUGUCCUUAAGAAGCAGCCAUUCAAAGCAGUAUGAUAUUACAUUUAAAGAAGAAGCUUCUGCUGUGGAGAGCUACCAUCAGAGGCCUGACCCCAGCUCUGUGUCAUUACAGAGCAGCCAUUCAAAGCAAUAUGAUAUUAUAUUUAAAGAAGAAGCUUCUGUCGUGGAGAGAGUGGAUCAGGAGACCUUAGAGGUUCCCAGUGGUCGGUCUGAGCAGCAGCAUCAAACACACCUGGACUCCAUAUUUGUGCUGCUGGAGGACAGCAUUGUCACUUAUGUGAAGAAUGAACUGAAGAAGAUCCAGAAGGUUCUGACUCCAGAUUACCCAGAAUUCUUAGAGAGUCAGAGGGAGGAUGAGGAGAUGUUAGAGAGUGAGGAUGAAGAGCAGAGGAGGAGCAGCCGAGAAGCAUUGGUUAAGAUCACACUGUUCUUUCUUAGGAGAAUGAAGCAGGAGGAGCUCGCUGACCAUCUGCAGAGCAGUAAGAGGAUGCGUCUAAAGAUUCAUGCUGUUUGA